AUGGAUUUCUGUCUGACGGUCCUAUCUGCCCUCCUGGCAGCCGUCCUAGGGGGCCUCUAUCUGGUGGGAGCAUUCCGCAAGCGGAGAGCCAACGAGCCCCCCGUGGAUAAAGGCCUCAUUCCCUGGCUAGGGCAUGGCUUGAACUUCAAGAACGACACUCUUAGUUUACUGCAGCAGAUGCACAAGAAACAUGGCGACAUUUUCACUGUAUUGAUCGCCGGACACUUCUAUACCUUUCUGAUAGACCCGCUGUCAUUUGGAGCCGUGGUGAAAGAAGGAAGAGCCAAGCUGGAUUUUUACCCCAUUGGCUAUGAACUUGUCAGUAAUGUGUUUGCCUUCCGGCCUUCUCAAAAUAUGCGUAAGAUAAUAGAGACAUCUAGUGUCAAGCACCUUUCAGGAGACGGGUUGGAGGUGAUGACGCAAGCCAUGAUGGACAGCUUGCAGAAGGUGAUGCUUCACGACCUGGGCUCUGGAGAAAGCCCAAAGCCCUGGAAUCAAGAUGGGUUGUUCCACUUCUGCUAUAAUAUGGUCUUCAGGGCUGGAUAUUUUGCUUUGUAUGGAAACAAGCCCGGUAAAGGCAAGAAGGAGAAAGAAAGUGCCUUGAAGCAGGACCUCAAGGAAUCUGAAGAAAUCUUUAAAGAAUUCCUCAAGUAUGAUCAGCUUGUCCCCCGCUUAUCCUAUUCAAUGUUGUCUUUUGGAGAAAAGAAAGAAGUUGAAAGUCUCUGGAGCUACUUCUGGAACAUCCUCUCGGUGAAGAAUGUCUUCCAGAAAGACAACAUCAGUGGCUGGAUCAUUGAACAGCAGCAGCAGCUUGCUGAGACUGGCAUGCCCGAGCACAUGCGGGAUCGGUUUAUGUUUUGCCUCCUCUGGGCUGCUCAAAGCAACACGGGUCCGGCUUCCUUCUGGCUCCUUGCACACCUUCUAAAGAAUCCCCAGGCCAUGGAGGAGGUGAGGAAAGAAGUGACUGCAGUGGUGAGAGAUUCUGGCCAGGAGCUGAAGCCAGGCAACGCAGUGCUGAAUGUGACCCGGGAGAUGUUAAGCCAAACCCCAGUCUUGGACAGUGCCGUGAAAGAGACAUUAAGGAUGGCAGUAGCUCCGAUGGUGACUCGGGCUGUGCUGGAAGACAUGCAGCUCAAGAUGAAUGAUGGGAGGGUGUAUGCUUUGCGCAAAGGGGACAGGGUCGCCAUUUUCCCCUAUUUGACCCACAUGGACCCAGAAAUCCACCCUGAGCCCCUUGUUUUCAAGCAUGACCGCUUCCUCACCACGGAUGGCAACAAAAAGGAAUUCUAUAAGAAUGGGGAAAAGGUGAAAUAUGCCACCAUGCCAUGGGGGGCAGGGAUCUCCGUAUGCCGGGGGCGUUUCUUGGCAGUCAAUGAGAUCAAGCUUUUUGCCUUCUUCGUGGUUACUUGCUUUGAGAUGGAGCUGAUGAACCCAGAAGACAGAAUUCCUCCAACAGACAAUAGGCGUUACGGGUUUGGUGUCAUGCAUCCCACACAUGAUAUCCAGUUCAGGUAUCGGUUGCACUACUGA